UAUGUUUGGCACCACAGUGCCAUUAAAGUCUCUUUUGUCUCUUUUGCAGAGCUUUACACAAAGAGGAUGUUUCAGCUAUUGCUGUCUGCUUACUCAACAAUAAGUGUUCAAGACACAGCUCUCUUUUUGGGAAUGAAUGAGGAGGAUGCCACAUAUUAUGUAGUACAGCAAGGUUGGAUUUUGGACCCUGCUUCUCGAAUGCUUACUGUGAAGAAAAAUCCAAUUGUAACUGAGCAGAAACUAGAUCCCAACAAACUGCAGCGCUUGACUGAAUAUGUGUUCCACCUUGAACAUUAACUCUACAAAUAUGAUUGAAACCAUGGGCUGUGAAUCUCUAGUGAAACGGACUCCUGAUUUUGGAUCUCUAGUCGAAGAGAGUAAAUGUUUUGAAGAUGUUCAGAACCCGGAUCGAUAGCUAAUAAGCUUAAUAUAAUUUCGUGAUUUUA